AUGGAUCAAAGCAGGGAGAAUCUCCUCAACGGAGCCGACCGUGCUUCUUUUGACACAAGCGACGAUUCCGAUGCUUACUCGGACAUUGACGCAACUGAUUAUCUCAACAAGAACAAGAAUGACACUGCGGGUAAACGGCGUCUACGAUAUCUCCGGAGCUGGCGCGCGAAGAAAUGCUGCCUCACCGUCAUUGGCACUCUUGUAGUCGUUUGGCUCGUCAUCUCAGCAAUUGGAGCAUUUGCUUGGAAAAAGAUCAAGGUACCGCCCGUUGAGGGAGACUCGCCACCAUGGUAUCCCAGCCCAAAAGGUGGUUCUUCGCAAAAUUGGGCCAAGAGUUAUGAUCGAGCUGCUGAGCUGGUUAGUAAAAUGACAUUGGCGGAAAAAGUCAACAUCACUACUGGAACAGGAUGGAGCAUGGGCUUAGCGGUCGGCACGACUGGGGCCGCAAACAACGUCGGAUUUCCAGCUUUGGCAUUGCAAGAUGGACCUCUCGGGAUACGGUUCGCGGAUAAUGCGACUGCCUGGCCAGCUGGUAUCACGGUUGGUGCCACGUUCAACAAGAAACUGAUGUAUGAGCGUGGACGAGCUCAUGGCAAGGAAGCAAAAGGAAAAGGUGUCAAUGUCAUUCUCGGUCCAGCCAUCGGACCUCUUGGGCGAGCUCCCGCCGGUGGACGAAAUUGGGAGGGCUUUGGUCCAGAUCCUUAUCUGCAGGGCAUUGCUGGUGCUGCGACGAUCAAGGGAAUACAAGAUUCUGGAGUCAUGGCGACGAUCAAGCACUUUAUCGGUAAUGAGCAGGAGCAUUUUCGGCAGGCGUGGGAAUGGGGUCUUCCGAAUGCCAUUUCAUCCAAUAUUGAUGAUCGCACGCUACAUGAGAUUUACGGAUGGCCGUUCCAGGAUGCUGUCAAGGCUGGCGUUGCGAGUGUCAUGUGCUCGUAUAACAUGGUCAACAACUCGUAUGCCUGCCAGAACUCGAAGCUUCUGAACGGCAUUCUGAAAGAUGAGAUGGGAUUUCAGGGGUUCGUCAUGUCAGAUUGGUUGGCGCAGAGAUCUGGUGUCGCGAGUGCUCUUGCUGGGCUGGAUAUGAGUAUGCCUGGCGAUGGACUGAAGUGGGCUGAUGGAGAUUCUCUCUGGGGUCCACGUCUUACACAGGCUGUCCUGAACGGAUCGUUGCCGGUGGAUCGAUUGAAUGAUAUGGCGCUUCGAAUUGUCGCGUCUUUCUACCAGCUUGGCCAGGAUAAGGAUGAGAACAAGGGCCCGAACUUUUCGUCAUGGACGUAUGACAAGAAGGGCAAGCUGGCACCUGGAAGUCCUUCACCCCAAGAAGAGCAAGUCGUCAACCAGUACAUAAACGUGCAGGAGGAUCACGCCGAGUUAGCUCGUCAAAUUGCUAUCGAAGGCACUGUUCUCCUCAAGAAUGACGGCGUACUGCCUCUGAGCCGCGAGGGCAACUUGGCUAAUCAAUCAAAAAAGAAGAAGGACAAGAUCAAGAUCGGCAUUUUUGGAGAUGAUGCUGGUCCUGGAAAGGGACUCAAUUACUGCCCUGACCAAGGCUGCAAUGAAGGCACCCUCGGAUCAGGCUGGGGCAGUGGUGCAGCCGACUUUCCAUUCCUCGUCACUCCCGUUGAGGCGUUGCGAAAGAAUUUUAGGGAAGACAAAGUUCAAGUCACCGAACACCUCUCCAAUAAGAUCAAAGACCCGAAGAAGGUCACAGAGCAAGAUGUCUGCUUAGUCUUUGCCAACUCCGACGCAGGAGAGGGAUAUUUGUCUUGGAACAGCGUUCGAGGUGACCGCAACGAUCUCAAUCUACAGAAAGGAGGCGAUGCGCUUAUCCAGGAGGUUGCAAACCUUUGUGGUGAUGGAACGGGCACGACUAUCGUGGUCAUUCAUGCUGUUGGGCCUGUUGUCAUGGAGAACUGGAUCAACCACCCAAGGAUCAAGGCUGUUCUAACAGCUAAUCUGCCGGGCGAGGAGAGUGGAAAUGCUAUCGCGAGCAUUCUGUUCGGUGAUGAGAGUCCAAGUGGAAAGCUCCCUUACACAAUUGGCAAGGCUCUCCCUGAUUACGGCGAAGGCGCUCAGAUCUUGUAUCUUCCCAACGGAGUUAUCCCCCAGCAAGACUUCAAGGAGGGACUGUACAUUGAUUAUCGACAUUUCGACAAGUACAGCAAGGACCUUCGGUACGAAUUUGGCUAUGGUCUGUCGUACACCACCUUUGAGUACAAGGACUUGAAGAUCUCAGUGAAGGAGGCGGUGGCUGGAUUUCCAGCCUCACGCGUAUCGUCUACGAGCGCCAAGCCGCCCAAGUUGGAUGACAAGAUCCCCGAUGUCGAGGAGGGUCUCUGGCCUAAGAACAUUCGCAAGCUGAAGAAGUGGAUUUAUCCCUACAUUGAUUCAGCUGAUGAUGUCAAGACGGGCGACUAUCCGUACCCUGAAGGCUACGAUAUCGAACAGCCGCCCUCACAAGCUGGAGGUGAAGAAGGAGGCAAUCCCGACCUCUGGAAGACUGUUGUCACUGCCUCGAUCACCGUCAAAAACACGGGCUCCAUGGAUGGCAAGGCUGUUCCUCAGCUGUAUCUCUCGUACCCCGCGACAUCAAAGGUAGACCAUCCCGUUCGUGUUCUCCGAGGCUUUGAGAAGGUCGCUUUGAAGAAGGGUGAGAGCAAGAAGGUUGAGUUUGAGCUGACGAGGAGGGACUUGAGCUACUGGGAUGUGGAGGAGCAGAAUUGGAGGGUUACGGAUGGGGAGUUCACGAUUGCUGUGGGUGAGAGUUCGAGGAAUUUGAAGGCGACGGGUAGGUUCAAGUCUGAUGGUACCCCAGGCAAUUUGAUCGCAGAGGGUCAGUAA